UCAAAAAGCUACUGUCAUUUCUCAAUUUUGAGGAAGAAACACUACAGAAUGGUGCGUCCCGUCUCAACGUACACCAUCGAACAUCCUGAAUCCGUCGCGCUAUCCGUUGGGUUGUUCAUCUCGGUCGUGGCUCUAGUGGCGCUGUGCGCGAAGCAUGCACGCCGGAUCCCGAAAGUCCAAGAGAAGGAACCGGGCAGGCCCCGAGUUGCGAAGAAAUCACCUUUGGCAUCGCCACGGCAUCCCGUAGGGGCCAUCGGCAACAAGGCCAAUCCUUUUGCUAUCACCAAGAAAGGCGAUCCGGAAUACGAGACCAGUGGAGAUCAUGAUAAGGGCACUGAAGGAUUCGGAGAGGGGGGUCUAUGGCAAAGGGCAAUUCUGAUGGGAGAUAAAUGCAGGCCACCAGAGUUUUCAGGCGCGAUAUAUUAUGACAGCUACGGUAAUCAGCUGCAGGAGCCACCCAAGUCGCCGAGGGCGGCUAGUCCUUUGCCAAGUUUUCUGGUUUCUGUAGCGAAAGAAUAAAUCUGCGUCUUCUGGUACAUACAUAUAAUGUUGUGUAGAUUAUACUGACUUGAAAGAGAAAGGCAAAUGGUUUUGCUGUUGCGUUUUUCUUUGCUGACUCUUUGCCUGUGAGUCUUGCAAGCAGAGCAUAUGAUCCUUCCAUUUACUCUCCAUCACUCCUUAUCCUAGUUGAUCACAAAAAGUACUCAUCGAGUAGUGAUUUUAGAGCUUAAGGCUACAGACCAUUUUGACGCCGUCAAUUUACAAUCUUCCAUUGAGAUCACUUCGACGACAAUGCGACGCACUCAAAUUUCUAUGCAAAUCAUCCCCUAAAUGCAAGCAAGACUUGC